AUGUCCGACGCUGCUGGACGCUGAUUGGCUCAUCGCGUUCUAUGGAGUUGGCGCCAUUGCAAGCCACAGUGCUGUCUCCGGAGCGCUCUCCCUCAAAAUUACCUCUUUUUUUUUUACUAGUAUUAGCUGUUUAACCGGGACGCAAUGGCCGAUAAAGACGCGGCAUUUGAUGAUGCUGUGGAGGAAAGGGUGAUCAAUGAGGAGUACAAGAUCUGGAAGAAGAACACACCUUUCCUCUAUGACCUGGUCAUGACCCACGCCCUGGAGUGGCCCAGCCUCACUGCUCAGUGGCUGCCAGAUGUCACCAGGCCGGAGGGGAAAGAUUACAGUGUGCACAGGCUGGUUCUGGGGACACACACCUCUGAUGAGCAGAAUCACCUUGUAAUUGCCAGCGUGCAGCUCCCAAAUGAUGAUGCCCAGUUUGAUGCCUCACACUACGACAGCGAGAAAGGAGAGUUUGGAGGCUUUGGAUCUGUAAGUGGGAAAAUAGAGAUUGAGAUUAAGAUCAAUCACGAGGGGGAAGUUAACAGAGCUCGCUACAUGCCUCAGAAUCCCUGCAUCAUUGCCACCAAGACCCCCACCAGCGACGUGCUGGUCUUUGAUUACACAAAGCACCCCUCGAAGCCUGACCCUUCUGGAGAAUGCACCCCUGACCUGCGUCUGAGGGGUCACCAGAAGGAGGGCUACGGCCUCUCCUGGAACCCAAACCUCAGCGGCUGCCUCCUCAGUGCUUCUGAUGACCAUACCAUAUGCCUAUGGGAUAUCAGCACAGUGCCCAAGGAGGGAAAGAUUGUAGAUGCCAAGACCAUCUUCACAGGCCACACCGCUGUGGUGGAGGACGUCUCCUGGCACCUCCUCCACGAAUCACUCUUCGGAUCUGUCGCAGACGACCAGAAACUCAUGAUCUGGGACACACGGUCGAACAACACCUCCAAACCCAGCCAUGCAGUCGACGCCCACACCGCCGAGGUCAACUGCCUGUCUUUCAAUCCCUACAGCGAGUUCAUUCUGGCCACUGGCUCUGCAGAUAAGACUGUGGCACUUUGGGACCUGAGGAACCUGAAACUGAAGCUCCACUCGUUUGAAUCUCACAAGGACGAGAUCUUCCAGGUUCAGUGGUCUCCUCAUAACGAAACCAUCCUGGCCUCCAGCGGCACCGACAGGCGGCUCAACGUCUGGGACCUCAGUAAGAUUGGAGAGGAGCAGUCACCAGAGGAUGCUGAAGAUGGCCCUCCUGAGCUGCUGUUCAUCCAUGGCGGACACACAGCUAAGAUCUCAGACUUCUCUUGGAACCCCAACGAGCCGUGGGUCAUCUGCUCUGUAUCAGAGGACAACAUCAUGCAAGUGUGGCAGAUGGCUGAAAAUAUCUACAACGAUGAGGACCCAGAAGGCGCUGCAGAUUCAGAGGUCCAAGCAUGAGUCCAGCCUCCACGUCUCUUCUUUCACCCUGCUUGUUCAAAAUGGAUCCAUUUUCCAGAGCUGGGUGCAUAAGCAGUAAAGUCUUUUUAAAACACCUUUUGGACAGCGGUGUUUGUAGAAAGUGAAAGAAUAAAAUGCUACGCUGUCAUAUUGUGAUGUAUUUAAAAUACGGUCUGUACUGGUCUGAUUUUUAGGUCUUUCAGUUUUUUAAACUCAAUCCUGACUCAUGAUGAAACCGUCAGACGUGUCCAUCAUCAAUCGGGUUGUUUUUUUUUAUCCUGAUUAGUCUUGCAGAAAACAUUUCUACUGAGAUCCAUUUUGAAUAUAAUUGUACAUACUGUAGGGCUUUCUUUUUCUUUGCUUGAUAUUUGUAGUAUGACUUUUCCAGAUUGUGCGUUGUGUCCCUUGUAUGUGAUUUUGUUUUCUCUACAUUUUAUGUUCUUCUGUGCUGCAUUUGAUCUCUUGUGUACUUAAAUAUAUUCAUAAUAAAAUAUUUACAGUAAA